GUCAGCCAAAUGCCAAGUGCUUCCAUUCCUGCCUGCACUGAUCUCCACGGGAGAGGCUUAUCUUUACAAAGUGUACAUAAUAGGGAGUGCUGGGGCCUGUUUGUCUUCUGCCUCCCCUGGAAGCCCAGAAAACUUUACACACACUGAUAUUUAAAGUGAUUUUUCCCUUUUUACAAUGACUAAUAAUGACAUCUUACACACUUUCUUUAUACCUGUCUUCUCUUUGUCUCCCCUUCUCUGAUUUGGUGAUAGUAAACUCCAUGUGUGUAAGUCAUAUGACUGCUCGACUAUAUAAGAGAUAGUUGACAAUUCUCUGGUCACAUUUGCUCUAGUGCUUUUUCAUCAGAAUUUUCAGACAGCCCAAAGUGGUGACUUGCCACCAUGGAGACUGCUGUAUGUGGAGGGUUAACUCCUACUGAGCCUGCCAUCCCAGAAGUCCAGAAGAUAGCUGAUCAGGUGAAGUCACAGCUGGAAGCAAAAACAGACAAGACCUAUACAGUCUUUAAAGCCAUAAUAUAUAGAACCCAGUUGGUUGGCGGGACUAACUACUUCAUCAAGGUGAAGCCACAGCUGGAAGGAAAAGAAAACAAGACCUAUCAAUGUUUUACAGCCACAGAAUAUAAAUCCCAAGUGGUUGCUGGAACGAACUACUUCAUCAAGGUUCAAGUUGGUGAGAAUGAUUAUGUGCACUUGCGGGUGUUUGUGAGCCUUCCUCAUACAAAUGAAGGAAUAACAUUUACUAGCUAUCAAACCGGCAAAACCGGAGGUGAUCCACUGACCUAUUUUUAAAGCAGUAAUAAGGAUGAUUUCUAUUGCUCUCCCUGAAGGCUGCAAGCUUCCUCUGCCUGUGUAUCAGUGAACAGAUAAAAGUAAAACAAAUAUGAUCUUGACGAAUAAUUUAACACAAAGGUAGUCUUUAUGGCAGCAGUGAUUGCUGCUAAUUUACAAGGGGCCACUGAGGAAAUGUGGCAAUUGUACUCAAAAAAGCAAAAAGCUUAUGCUUGAUACUUUUGGGUAGUAAUACAUGGUGCUAUUUGUUACCAGAUUUACACGUCA